AUGUCGGCAGGGCCAGGACCACCCAAAUCGCCAGCUCCGCAUCCACCACGACGGGGACACAGCGUUACCGCCGGACGGCUGACCCGGUACAGGAACCUGCGGGAGCACAAGAGCGUGCUGGACUUUGGCCGAGACUGGAGGGACUGGGACGUGGACAUUUUUCAGGAUGACGACACUGUGUCGAGUGCCACGACGGAAACGGGCACCGCGACAAGCAUUAGCAUUUGCAUCGGGAUCGCCGUCGAUGACGAGCAGCAGACGACAGAACAGCAGCAACUGGCGACGGCAGCGGCACAAACACCAGCCAGGAAUACGCAGCAGCAGCAGCAGCAGCAGCAGCGCGGCCAGACGACGCCCUCUUCCGCGGCAAGACGGCGGACGGCACCGGCACUCACGCUCCAACCACCGCCGCAGACCCCGCUGCAGUUGUCGCGCCCACAGUCGCAUUGGCAGUGGCCCGAUGUUGGUGUUGGUGUUGGUUUUGGUGCAUUUGAAGACGACGACUACGACGACGAGGCAUCCCCCUCCUUUCUCGGACGCGGCACCGCCAGCUGCUACUAUGCUUCGAGGUCUAACCUGAACGAUUACCACCCGUAUUCUUCUAGCACGGAAGCAGCAGAAGCAAGCGUCACAGCGCCGCCGUGUCCCGAGUCUCCUGUGCGGUUCAGCUACCCCAACAGACGGCGGCCAAAAACAGCCCCCAAUGCGGCCGAGAGCCCCUUGCAGGGGGGAUCAGCAGCAGCAGCAGCAGCACCACCACCACCACCACCAACUGCACCACCGCCGAAUGUACCACCUCCUCCUCCUCCUCCGAAUUUCCUGCCGCCUCCUCUUCCGUUAGCCGCAAGGGUAGCACGCGACUCUCUGCCGCCUCCUUUACCCCAGCUGAGGCCUCGCUCGCACAACCCGAUCCUCGUUUCCAACUCCUCGUCAUGCGCCGACCUCAAGCUCUCUGCACGAGCUGACCACGCCCGCUCCCAAAUCAUCACCAAACUCAACCUCCACCCCGUACCCAGCAGAGAACAGCUCAGAGACGCAGAGUGGGAGAAGCACCGCCAGCAGCAACAUCAGCUCCAACAGCAGAUUGAACAGGAGGAGGAAGACGAUCGCCGGCGCAAGGACCAGGAACAGGAGGAGGCCACCCGCUGGGCCGAAGAAGUCGCCCGUCUCGAAGCAGAGACUGAUCGCAUCUUGGCAGAACAGAAGAGGAAGGAUCUUGCAAGACUUCAGGCUCAAUUAGCCGCUGUUCCCGACCCCCCGCCCCGACGAUCCCCCAUCGUCAACAAGUUCGCCUUCUUUCUUAGAAAAAGUCGCAAGUCCGACUCUGCUACGCUCACAAAGUCCCCUCCCACAUACUUUCAGCCACUUUCGCUCGAUUGCCGGCCAGUCAGCGUCAUGGAUCCCACACGCUUCAUUCAGGCCGGCGGAGGCGGCAUCGUCCCCCAGACCGAUGCCCCCAUCACAGCCAGCAAUGCUGGCGAACGUCGAGUGACAAUUCGAUGCAUGCAGUCGUCCAUCAGCCUGCCCGUCACCCCCGAGACGACUCCCAUGGAAAUCUUAUAUUCGGCCGCCAACCUCAUGACCCAGAACAUCAACCCGCAAACCAGCAUUGUCAUGGAGUGCUACUUUGCUUUUGGCCUGGAGCGUCGGCUUAGGCGAUAUGAGAGGGUGAGAGAUGUCUUGAAUUCCUGGGACCGUGACAGCCAGCAUUGCCUUCUCAUCAUCCCUGGAGACUCUGUCGACAAGAACCCCGAUCUGAACGUCGAGGUCGUGCCCCGCACCAUCGACCCCCCGGCCGGUCUGAUCAACUUUUUGAUGUACCACUCUUCGCGACCCGGGAAAUGGAACAAACGGUACAUCACUCUCAAAGAGGAUGGGCAGGUGUUUUCCGCCAAGAAGAAGGAUGCCAAGGUCUCGGACAAGGAUUCGCUUUCACUGUGUCAUCUUUCGGAUUUUGACCUCUACUCAGUCACAGAGAAGGACAUGUUGAAGCAAAUCAGAGCACCCAAGAAGAACACAUUUGCCGUGAAGAGUCAACAAAAGUCCAGCGUUUUCCAAAACACCGAAAACUUUAUCCACUUCUUCUCGACCGAUGACGCUAGACUCGCUGAGGACUUUAAGAGAGUCCUACACUCAUGGCGCAGUUGGUAUCUGGUCAACAAGAAGGUUGAUUUGAGCAAGCCAAAGAAGACGUCGCGCAGCCCGAACGAGAAGCCCUCGAGUGGUCUCGCCAGAAGCGGGACCCUGCACCGACUCAAAGUAUCGGUAGACGAGACUCCAUACACGAUUGGAACAUUCUCUCCGCUCCUGGAUAUGGAAAAGCUCGAAAAGUCCAUCGACGAUAUUGGCAGGGAGCCUGAGAAGCACUCAAUGUGGCCGGCAGAGCAGCUCUCUGUUCCGAAGCAGCAAAAGGUCGUCUCUCGUUCAAGGACUACGCCCAACCUUGCUUCUCCGAUGCCGAGGAAGCAUAUUGAUCCAUUUGCCAGGGACCAGGAAUUCAGAAACAGUGGCUUGCUGGGGCGCGCGUAUGAAGGACGAAAGCAGCAGGCUGAGAAGAACGCGGCAGCUGCAGCUCACGAAGAUCUCUCGCCCGACAGCCCUUUUACUGGGGGACUACUCACCAACUACCCAGAGCCUGAGAUGCAGACGUCCGGGCAGCUGAGCGGGAUGCCCGCGAGAAGAGGUACGCCGGUCCCGCCCUCCCGUCGCUCGUCCAACUACGUCAGCACGCCCGACAACAUCGGACGGACCGUCCCAGAGGAAGCCAGGGAUGCCUCAGCCUCUGGUCGACCUAACGCCCAAGGUCCCAGACUUGCCUGCCGCUUGGCGAGAGGGUCACGGGCGUGGAAUCAAGGCGCCAACAGGCACGCCUUUGAUUCAGAUGGCUACGGGCUGGGAAAACUCGCCGGAUACCACAAUGGCACCGCAACUGCCAACCGUAACUCGCAUGGGGACGACCAAAGCGUACCCGCCUCAGCGCAUGGCUUCGCAGUCGGCGGCCUCAAGACCGAGGAGUCGCUCGACGGCUGGUGGCGCACCCGUCCGCCGAGUCGUGUCUAA